AAACUUCGCUCUUCAAUUCCACACAGCACUGACGAAAUUCAGCUCCUAAUUUGUGUAAAUCUUGUUGCUUUUACCCUGUUUUCUGUUAGUACUCUGUUUUUCUGUCUGCUCUGUGGUAUUGUUACCAAAGAAAUCAUGAGGGAAGGCACUGCGAAUUGCAUUGACAUCAUUUUGGCCAUACUUUUGCCUCCUCUGGGAGUCUUCUUGAAAUACGGCUGCCAUGUGGAGUUCUGGAUAUGCUUGCUGCUCACAAUUUUGGGCUACUUGCCAGGAAUUAUUUAUGCAAUUUAUGCCAUCACCAAGUGAAACCCUCGCUGUCAUGUUUUUUUGCUGUAAAUAUUUGUAGGGUUUGGGAUUUGGUUAGGGUUUGAGAAGUGGCUUUUUUGAGAAGAAUAAUGACGGGGUUUCGGCAGUAGUUUUAUUGGAGGCUGCUGUAGCCGAUCACUUCUGAUGUGUACUAUCUAUCCUCAAUUUAUAGAUUGAAUACUGUUUUGUU